GGCUCGUCCCGCCUCCAUUCUCAACCCAUCCUCCACUGUCAGCGGCGUCGCCAGAGCCGACAAGGUCCUGAAACCCCCUGGCGCUCUCUGCCCUGGCGACGGCGACCAGCCUGCGUUCCUCUCUGUGCUCCCUCGGUCGCCAACCAUUGUUCACCAUCACAACUUCCCGCGACGACUUCGCGCCGAAUCGACUCUAUCUGCUGUGGCCUUUACCUGUACGUUCCGCCCGCCAACUGGUCUCAGGGCCUCCAGCGCCCGCGCCUGUCUCCCCGGUACCUGGGCUGUGCUCUGUGGUCUCGACCUGACCGUCAACUGCGACUCCCGCAAAGCAGGGCCGCCUUUUCCAUCUCCCUCCGCCACUAAUUCGCGCCGCAAGACAAGCACAAAGCGAUACAAUCCCGAGCGACUGGCUGGCGCGGCGGCGUCUCCUCCGGUCCUCUCUCUUCUCCUACCUCAAGCACGGGGCGGCCACCACACCUGAAGCAAGGCCCAUGACGCAGCUGCCUGGUCGUCGACAUGGAUAGCGACCCCCCAUACGCGGGAGAUGAGGGAAGGUCGUCGAGGCGAGGCCGCCUUAUGGGCAAGUUGUUUGGAGGCAAGGACAAGAAGCCGUCCGACACCUCUUCACAGGCCGCUCUCGAUGCUUUCCUCCACAGCUCCGCCGACAAGCUCGAUAUUACGCAUGCGCCCCCUCCCCCGCCACCCACAUCCCUGCCCAAGCUGGCCAAACUCGACACCACGAUUUCGCGGUAUCCGCAAGCACUCGCUGUAAAUCAUCAGGCGCAGACGAACCGACCUGUGGCGCCAGGGAAGCAUGACUUGUCGAGUUCACCAAAAAAGAGCCCGCGGCCAAACAAAAAGGGCCUGGUUGUGCGGUUCGCCGAUACCUAUCCAGAGGUCAUAGGAGAGGGCGGCGAUGAGUCCGAGACACCUGUCAUGGAAAUAGGUAAGAAUAGAAGAGCCAAGCCGCCACUGCCGCCCUCGCAUCGCAAUCCACUGGGCAACUCGACACGACCGCCGCCCACCGCUGCGCCGCCCUCCGCAGGAUUCAGCGAUGGCUUCGUGCCAAAGCCGCUGUCACGGACGCAAACCGGAUACUCCUCCAUCUACGAGCCAGAAAACGACGGCGGUAAACCGCCUUCUCCGGCCAGGCAGCCCCAGAAUAACGCCAAAAUGCUUGUCCCUGGCAGAACUGCAUCCGCGAGGUAUCUUGGAACGUCAGUUAGGCGGGAUGAGAACCGGAGGUCAUUCAUCGAAAUCCACCAAGCGCAGAUGCGCGAGGCAGAAGGGAAAGUCUUCGCGCAGGCCGCCCGCACAGCCAGCGUGGCAUCCCAGCAAAAAUGGGAGGAGAGCGACAGACCGCCCACCGGCCCCAUCACAAACUCACCCGAGUCGGUGCGGCGCUACUCUUCGUCUCCCGAAGCGCACAUGAAGCAGGCGCCUGCGCCUGGCGAGUAUAGUCCGGCUGGCUCGAUUGGUUCAAACAUAUCCAGUACAUAUCCCACAUCAAACCCGUCGCAGACCAACAUCGCAGCGCCACCUACUGGUACCCUGGCGUAUAGCGAGGGCCCUCCGCCAUCUGGCCCUCCCUUGGCGGCUCGGAUGGCGUCGGUAAGGUUGAACGACGCUGUGGGGAGCGACGAGGCCCUGGCAACAUUUGUGGCACGAACGAGACAUCUAUUUGAGUUGUUCCGACUACACGCCGAAGCCUCCAAACCGUUGUCGAGCAGCUCGCUCAGAGACUGCGCACGAGCCGGUUUGUGGUGGUUCCUCAAAGGCAGAAUGGGCCUGGAGCUCGCGAUCCGAGAUCGUCCAACGUCAUCACAGAUGCAGAAUGAACUGGACCGGCAGCAAGCUUACACGAACCUGGCGAAGGGAUACUGGGCCUGUGAGGAGAUGAUACCGGAGGUUUCUCACGCACAGCGGCUACGUGCGGAUCCUGGAGUUGAGGCGGUGAUACAGGGCUUGGUCACCGCACUGAAGAAGCUAUCGCAGUCCAUGAAGCGAAAUGGCAUCCUCCCACCCGAAGAGCCUUUCCUACCUCAAACCAUUGAUAAGUCAAUCUGGAUUGACUACCCUCCUUUGAGCCAGGACAUGGUGGCCCUGCUCUCGGGCAACUGGGGCUCAGGUUUGACGGCGAUGCAACAGCCCAUUUCUACGGUUGAACUCAUGGAUGCAUUUCCAAUCGGCGACACCACCGAUAACUUCAGCUACGGACGUGUCAUGGCCGAUGUGUUCCUCAUGGAGCAAGGGCGAGAGGCGCAGAGAAUAUAUCUUCCUUGUAUACUCUCCGUGGUCCGGCCACAAAAGCAAAAGGGUCUCAUCUUCAUGAUUGCUAGCCAAAACGGCAGCAUUCAACUGGCAGUUCAAGACAACAAGAACGCGGGGCCUAUAUGGGACGAUGUACGUUGGCGCAGUGAUACCUGCUCCUUCAACAUUAGGUUACCGCGAGGUUUCAUGCUGGCCGUGCAGUUGACGCAAACGGACUACAAGACCGUCUCGUCCAUGUACGAGUUUGGAUCCAAGAUUCAAGCCACCAUGAACCCUCGCGGCGACGAGCUGGUCGUCUUUCGCAACACCCUGCGCUCGUUCCAAUACAUGGAGGCUGAGCCGGCGUCCAGGGCGUUUCCUAAGGAGCCGGUGCCUCAAUGCGAAGUUGCCUUGUUCGAGAGAAUUUAUCGGGAGAAUGGCCCGGCAGGACCGCGCAACUGGCACUGCGGCUUCCGAAUUGCCGUCAUCACAGGCCCGAGGACGAGAACGGUUAAUGGAGUGCACCAUAGCUUCCCGCCGUCUCUUCCCGUGCAGUUUGGCUUUUUCCGCGCCGAAGGAGAUAUGCCAGCACUCUCGGUCAAGUACGAAAGUGGAAGACAGAGGGGUCGCAUGGUGAUGACCUUCAGCGACGAGAAGGAGCGUGUCAAGUUCCACUCCCUCCUGGCAGGAACGGCGCUCAAUCACGACGAGAAGAUUUUUGCAGAUGUCCCAAUCAAGUCUUUCAUCAUUUCGCAGAGCAUCAGAGAACCCUUGGGUGUCUCACCAUUCUCACGGAUGCCCUGGAAAGUUGCCAGAGUCGUCAACGACGAGUUCACACCCAGUGGCGGAGACCAGCCACCAACAGUACUGGCUGACAAGCUCAAGGUUGUGCUUGAGUAUCAAAACGGAACCGUGACCGACAGGGUCAACGUGGCACCGGGGGAGCUGAGAAUGCGGCUGGAAGUGUCCAACGCCAAGGUACUGCGAAUUCUGCGUCAGCCGCAGCAGGAUAUUACAAUGUCCGUGGCGGAGGCCCAGGUGUCGAAGGAGCUCCCGAAAAAUAUCGCCGACGCGCUGCAGCUCCUCAAGGCCAACCAGACGAUCCGAAGCUACGAAUUCAACCAUCUCAAGGACCUUCACGACUUUCAGGCGGCCUUGACCGGCUUUGAGGUCGUGUUCGACGCGCUGGCGGUGACGUUUGGCAUCACACGGCGGCGCAUGGUAGUGCCGAUCCACAAGAAAUGGGAGGCGGGUUAUACCAGGAUCCAGGUGGUGAGGCUGGAAGACCGGCAACUACAGCUGCUUGCAUUCUUCGAAGACUUUCAGCACGGUCACUGCAUGAAUUUUGUCCUCAAGGGCACAGACGUCUACGAGAGCCUCCACCGGGGAAGCAAGUCGGGUAUCAGGUUCGUGGACGCCAAAUUUCCGCUGCCUCGACUGCCGGCCGACAAAGACGGCGACUUUGAUGAGAUGGCAUUUGUCUGCCUCGACCUUCCGGACCUACCGGGAGAGCACGACGACAUAACCCUCAUGUUUGAGAAGGAGACUGACCGAGACCGCUUGAUUGAGUGCCUGCCUGCGCCCGUGAAAGGGUCGUCUAGAAUCUCGUCACGACUGAAAUGAACACACGACAUGAGAUACCUCGGAGAGAAAGGAGUCACAGAGAGAAGGCUGGGGGCGCGAUUACAUGCAGGAGGAGACGGUUGCAGCAUGGCGAUUUUUGUUAGAGCCGUGGAGGAGCAGGGGGGCUGUGAUGACCCCCUGCCCGGCCCCUGCCCGGCCCCUGCCUAUCUGCGUGUGCCUGGUUGCCCGCCUGGGAGAAGGCACGCGACCACGCGGGCCGAAGGGAGAAGGCCUGGGAUCGUGUUGACAGCAUGGGGGCCAUGAAACCCAAUCAACGAAGAGGCGAAUUGGCCAGCAAGGCGUUGGAGCGGCAUUGAAUAAUUGAAAUGGACCUUGCUGCGACAGACAACCAAUCGUGGCGGGCAGAAGUGACUGACUGUCGUGUCAUGCAUGGCCCCAGUUGACGUUCGCGUGUGAGCCGGCAAUUGCCGUGCGUCGCCCCUGACGGAUGGUUGCGGCCCGUCUGCGAUUUGACACAAGGAAUCGCAAGGAACUUCCGUUCCCGCAUGCUGUUGGCUGCUUGCUCACGGACGUACUACUACUACUGCGACUACGUACUACAAUUUGUUGAGGGGUCGAGGGGCCGAUCCAGCUUUGCACCGAGUACGAAGCGUCUAGUGGGCGCCCUCGUAUUACAUACAGUCCGAGCCGGCCAGCGUGAAGUGAUGCAGGGUGUCGUGCAUGGGUUCGUGGCCGUCCAAG